AUGCAGCUCAAAGCGGUGGUAUCAGCUCUCUGCAGAGUCCCUCUCCUCCUUCUGCUCCUCUACUUCUUCGUGUGCUCACUUGACAUCUUAAGCUCUGCCUUUCAGCUAGCUGGAGGCAGGGUAGCGGGAGAUAUCUUUCAGGAAAACGCUCUUCUGUCGAACCCUGUGGCCGGGCUGGUGGUGGGAAUACUGGUGACGGUGUUAGUUCAGAGUUCCUCCACCUCCACCUCCAUCAUCGUCAGCCUCGUCUCCUCUGGCUUGCUGGAUGUUCAGUCAGCUAUUCCUAUAAUAAUGGGCUCUAACAUCGGGACAUCCGUCACCAACACCAUCGUUGCUUUAAUGCAGGCUGGAGAGAGGGACGAGUUUGAAAGGGCGUUUGCUGGAGCGACAGUCCACGACUGUUUUAACUGGCUGUCUGUUUUGGUGCUUCUCCCUCUGGAGGCUGUGAGCGGGCUGCUGAGGCGAACGUCACAAGCUGUCGUCGAAACGCUUCAAUUCAGCACCGGAGAGGAAGCUCCUGAACUCCUCAAAGUCCUCACAGAGCCUCUCACAAACAUGAUUAUCCAGCUGGAUCGCUCGGUCAUCACAGCCAUCGCUACAGGAGACCAGAGUGUGAGGAACCAGAGUCUGGUGAAGCAAUGGUGUCAAACCACGACCACGAAGGCCCCGGUACCAAACACUAAAGUUAAAUUACUGCACAUUUCUGUGUCUCUUACUCUGUGACACAACUUUUGUCGGCACCUUUUUGUGGGCUGCUCUCUGUCGGACCUUGCCAUUGGUCUGAUCCUGCUGUGUUGCUCUCUGUUGGUGCUGUGCAGCUGUCUGAUACUGCUGGUUAAACUGCUCAACUCCCUCCUGAAGGGCCAAGUGGCCAAUGCGAUCAAUAAAGUUGUUAAUACAGAUUUCCCCUUCCCGUUCACCUGGCUGGCAGGUUACCUCGCUCUGCUGGUCGGCGCAGGCAUGACCUUUUUGGUUCAGAGCAGUUCUGUCUUCACUUCUGCCAUCACUCCUCUCAUAGGGAUCGGUGUGAUCAGUAUCGAAAGGGCCUACCCUCUCACCCUGGGCUCAAACCUUGGAACCACUACAACAGCAACACUGGCAGCCUUAGCGAGUCCCGGAGAUAAGCUAGCUGCUGCCACACAGGUCGCUUUGUGUCAUUUCUUCUUUAACCUCCUCGGUAUCCUGCUGUGGUUCCCCAUACCAGCCACCCGCCUCCCCAUACAUAUGGCCCGCGCUCUCGGCAAACAAACUGCCAGGUAUCGCUGGUUUGCCGUGCUGUACCUCCUCCUCUGCUUCCUGCUGUUCCCCUCCCUCGUGUUCGUGCUCUCCAUGGCGGGGUGGAAGGUGAUGACCGGCGUUGGUGUUCCAGUCAUUGCUGUGAUUUUGUUCUGUGCAGCGGUAAACAUGAUGCAGGCACACAGACCUGAGUGGUUGCCGCACGGUCUGCAGAGCUGGACUUUUCUUCCCGUGUGGUUGACGUCUCUGCAGCCGCUUGAUGAUGUCAUCACCAGGGUGACCCUGUGGUGCAGGCGGGGAGGAGGUCGGCGCUGCAAAGGAAACGACGGAGCAGUAACGUCCCUGGAGGACUCGGGCGUGAUCCCUGAGAGAGGAUUCAGAGAGAAGAGGAGGCAGAGAGGGGAAGAUGAGGGGAUGAAUGAAAGGCAGAAACACAGAGGAGCGGACAAACCUGGAUGCUGUGGUCUGCAGUAUAUAGAAGAAAACGACAAAUGUGACUUUGCUUCAGUGUGCUCCUUAAAUAGAGACUUCAACCAGCAGGGGGCUCCACUGAGCAGCACUCAACUGUAA